AUGUCAUUGACUGAUAAUAUUGAAGUUGUUCUUCCUCCACCUAGCCAAGAACUCUCCAAAUACAAGCCCUUCCCUCCGUCGUUCGAUGCCAUCGUCGAAGAGAUCCUGUCUGAGGAGGCAAGCUUUGAUCACCUCGGGGAUGAGGACUGGCCUGUUACCAGUGCAUGUCCGAGUGAGAAGAGUUUCACUACACUAGCGGAGUACGUGGCUACUCCCACCUCCGAGACAAAGAAACCAGCCGCCAAGUCACCCUACUUUUCCUACCUAGCCACCUCCAACAACGCAGAAAUGGCAGAAAGGACACGGCCACGAACACGGGCAGCAGCUCGAAGAAGCAUUACGGUUGUCGAUAUGGCUAGUGAGGGCGAAGAAGAAUCUACACCUACGCUAGAGGGUCACCUGGACGAGAGCAGUCAUGUAGAUGGCGCGAUGGACGAGAACAGCACUGCUUCGAAGGUUGUUGGGCCGCAGAAUGAAGCCGUUGGCCCUAAAAAAGAUGUCAUCGAUCCAGAAGACGAAGGCGUUGACCCUGCUGCUCUUCAACCGCCCAAUAAUGUCAAUGAUGCGGGUAUUGAACUCGAUGAUCCUGAAGAUGAAGCCGAGGAGAACGUCAUCUUUGCAUCCGUUGGUCAGUCAAAGGGUGAUGAUAUUAUUCAAUAUGUGGGGACCCACCAGUUCUUUGAGACACCUGUGCAGCCCGUAUCACGCUCUGCCAGACUCCAGUUUACUAUCGACUUACAAGGCGUGGCAGUUUCUGCAGGGAUGCCCGAUGCAGCGAUCAAUGGCUUACUCGACUACGUGCGCCGUAUCUACCUCAAUGCUGCUGGCGUUUCAGCUGGGAGUCCGGACUCACAGCACGAGAUAACGUUUGGUGAAGAAAUCGACGACACACCGACAGGAAUUUCCUUGCCCCGAAGAAGUCGCAAGAGGAGCUUGGACCAGACAGAUGGAUCUAGCUCAAAGAAACGCAAGAUCAGCAAGAGACGCUCUUCCCAAGAUUCAAAUGCCUCUGUCCGACCAGUGGUGCAAGUUGAGGAUAGCCAAGGUAUCAACAGCACGGAAUUUCGACUUCAUACUUCUCCCGAAGAGUUGCGCCAGGAAAUGAUUGGUUUCACGGAUGUUGUGGAUUGCCCUGAUCAAAUACCGGAAUCGCCAAUUCUUGCCGCACAAUCCCCUCCGAAAACCCAAGAACAGCCUCGCGCCGUGGGAGACAUCAUCGAUCUCACCUGCGACUCUGAUAAAGAACCAGUUGCAUCGAAUACGGAAAACUCGCAAGACAAUGAGCCCCUGCAGAAGUUGAGUGUUGCGCCCGACGACAGCCUGGUCAUGAGUCCACCUGAUAUGGCGGACAAGGGCAAUGUUCUUGAUGAAUCUUCGCUGGAUUCAAACGAUCUAAACUCUUUUGAUCUAGUGGACUCUGAGCCGAAUGUCGAGGCCGAGUCUGGGAAGGAAAGGGAGACGCAAAGAAAUCGAAGAAAUCGACACGGCUCCAAAAAGAACAAAAGGAAGAACAAGAAGCUCUCCCUUCUCAAUCCCCAGAACAACCCAGAUUCGGAACCACAGUCGGAAUUGCCUUCUACAAAUGUGCUUUUUGAGACAUCAGAAAGGAAAGAAGAAAGGAGAACGCAGAAAAACAGGCGCAAGAGAGAGAAGAAACGGCUUAAUAGAAAAGAUAAAAUACCGAAUCUGGGUAUUAAUCCAGACCAACGAGCAGUAACCCCUUCACGACAGAUCACACAGGCUCAAGCUAUAGCACCCUCGACUCCGGCGUCGCAACGAGCUGUAACUCCUCCACAAACGAUCGACUCGGCUGGUGCUCCAGUGCUCUCGACGCCGCCAUCGCAAAAAUCAAGCAGCAGCAAGCCAAGAUCCCAGUAUGGCCCACUAUCGCCAGAUCCAAACCAGUGGGAUAUGGGUUUUUGA